GACUUAUGGGGACUGUUGGCCAUGGAUCCUCUAUAUCAACUAAACACAACCCAAGCAGAAGAUUCAGAGUUUGGAGCGAACUCCUCCAGCUGCUGCUGGACCACAGACACGAUCAAUGACGAGAACAUUUUGAAGCUGGACGACAGCACAAAGCUGGUCGGAGUCCAAGUGAUCCUCAUCCUCGCCUACAGCACAAUCAUAUUGUUCGGAGUCACUGGAAACUCCUUAGUGAUUUACGUUGUCUACAAGUUUAGAAAUCUACGAACCGUUACCAAUUUCUUCAUAGUGAACCUAGCCGUGGCGGACCUGCUGGUGAACACUCUGUGUUUGCCUUUCACCCUCGUCUACACUCUGUACGACGAGUGGAAGUUCGGCCAGGUGCUGUGCUUCAUGCUGCCCUGCGCUCAAGGCAUGGCGGUGCACGUGUCCACCAUCACCAUGAACGUCAUCGCCCUGGACCGCCACAGGAGCAUCGUCUACCACAUGGAGACCAAGAUGUCCAAGGUCAUGUGCGCCGUGGUCAUUGCCAUCACGUGGCUCGUCAGCGCGCUGCUGGCCAGCCCGCUCGCCAUCUUCAGGGAGUACGGGACGCUCGACCUCUUGCCCAACGAAUCUUUCCCGGUGUGCAUGGAGAAGUGGCCGGGAAGCAGCAUGAACGGAAGCAUCUACAGCAUAUCGGCGCUGCUGAUUCAGUACGGUUUGCCUCUGGUCAUCAACUCUGUCGCCUACAUCCGCAUCUGGAAUAAGCUGAAGAAAACCUGUGGAGGUCGAAAUGACCGCCAGCAGCGCAGGAGGAAGACCACUAAGAUGCUGCUGACCAUGGUGGUGGUCUUCGCCGUCAGCUGGUUGCCUUUCCACGCCUUCCAGUUGGCUGCCGACAUCGACAGCACUGUGCUGUCUAUGAAGGACUUUAAGCUGCUUUUCACCGUGUUCCACAUUGUGGCCAUGUGCUCCACGUUCGUGAACCCCAUCCUAUACGGGUGGAUGAACAGCAACUACAGGAAGGCCUUUUUGUCCGUGUGUCGGUGCUACCAGCCCUUCAGCUUGAGGGUGAGGUGCUCCAAAGGCAGAGAGGCGAAAAAAGUCGAAGACAGGGUUUGUACAGACUGCAAAUCAACAAAUGUUUAA